GGAAAAUGAUUAUAAAAUACAUUACAUAGACUGGUUCCAUUCAUAGCUUAUUACUGAAAUGAAAAAUACAGCCUAUUUUAGAAGCUAGUCUGUAUACGUUGCAUAAUUGUACAAAAAACAAAAACGUUGACUUUUUUGUACAUUUUAUUGAUCGAAUCGAGAUAAACCCUUUAUCAUAUAGAUUAUCUAUGUAGAUUAUUUUUCUUAAUCAAGAAGGGUCGUACAGUACACACAGCAUCAGACCGUGAUAGUGCAUGUGUUAGUAAAUCUAUACUACCCCGCCAUGAUAGUGUGCGUGAUGUACUUUAGUAAACUCUUUAGUUCCCGGAUAUAACUGGUAUUUCGAGCAUUUACUAGUUAUUGACAAUGUUCACAACGGAAAAUAAAGGAGUGAUGUAUUUACUCAUGACUAUAUGUCUAUGCACGAGAUCACACGGAAAUCCGAAUGCAGUUACUCAAGAUCAAGAUAAGACCAUUCUUGUAUUUGGAGGAAAUGGAUUUAUUGGUUCUGCUACGGUAGAGAAACUGCUCCGCGUAAAUUACACUGUAGUGAUUAUCAACCGAGGGAACUGGUACUGGGACACCGCGGAGACGGUUAAGCCUUUUGUCAGGCACGUGAAAUGUGACCGCAUGCAGUCCUUACAGCGAUGUGCCGGUCUGCAACAUUAUAUUUGGAGCACCGAUGCUCCACCAAUGUUCGAAGCUGUCGUUGACUUCAGUGCCUACCACGCCUUUGAAAUCACUGAAGCUUUAAAACUGCUGGAAGGUAAAAUAAAGAAAUAUAUCUACAUUAGUAGCGACUCUGUAUACGAAGUGUGCAACAAAACGCAUUCAGGACCCACACGCGAGGAAGACGCGGUACGACCGACUGAAAAAGCAGAACGGGAUCGGUUCAAGCUGAAUGACGAUUAUGGGAACCGGAAAUUAGAAUGCGAGGAAGAGCUGGAAAAACAAGCGACUUCCGGAACAGGAGUACCUUACUUAAGUUUGCGGCUACCGGAUGUGAUAGGACCACGUGACAAUACGUAUAGAUGGUGGAUUUACCAGUUAUGGAUAAAACUGGCAGAAUAUACUGAUGAACAACUGACAGUUCCUAAAUAUCUGUGGAAUCAGCCAAUGAGUUUUGUGUAUGUAUAUGACGUUGCUGACGUUAUUAGCGAUUGCAUAAACAGUGGUUUAGAAAUUUACAACAACGCAUAUAAUCUUGCGCUAACGGAAACACCGACACUCGUGCAAUUUCUGCACGGUUUAAUGAACAGUCUCGAAGUAGAAGAUCUAGAUAUUAUUGAAAACCCUGACAAUGAGGGUUUUCGUUUGUAUCCAUCAGUGAAACUAGGACCUGUUGAUACAACAAAAGCACGACGACUUCUAAACUGGAACCCGACGUCGUGGAUAGACAUUUUAGAUCAUACAGUGCAGUUUUACGAGGAGGCCAUCCUUGAUGCGAAAUUUGACGUGGCAAGAAAAGAUGUGAUAAGAACUAUUCAACAACAUUUUUCUCGAGAUUCAGCAAAGGUAAUGAGGGGAGUAAGAGACAAGUACGGCUUGACUUUCAAUUCUGCUCAUGAUGAACUCUGACCCAUGUAUUCUACUUUUCCUCAGGACGUCAGCACAUAUUGGUUUAUGCGAAAAUACCGUUUUCAGUUACUAAGAUUGUGUCUGAGAGUCAGUUUAGAUUGAGUGUAGAAUUUCCCGUCCCACAUGCAGAAUUUCUCGCAGCCUACUCAGUAGUAACAGUGUAGGAAAAUAAGCUUAAAUAUAAUUUCAGCACGGAAAACUGUACCGAGCAAUAAAACAUAACUCAGCUGAAGUGUUCAUGCUUUAUUGCUAGCUUUACUAUAGUUGAUAAAACCAAAACUGUGUUCCAAGGUCAUUGUCAUAUCAAUGUAAAUCGUGAUAAAAUUAUCAUAGGACGUUAACAAAUAUAUAUUAUGAAUUUA